CUUACUUUCAUAUUGCCAUGAUUUUGCGAUAUUUUGCUCGAUCCCAUGUCGGACGAGAACAUAUCUAAUCUAUAAAUAUCUUAGCCGAAAGAGGUAUUGAGGCAUCUGCCACAUGUCUUGGAUCCACGGUUAACAUGGAACUUCAGCCAGUUGCGGUGGUGGUCCAAAGUGCACUUCAGUGCUCUUUCUAACGCAACUGACUCUCAUAAAGAACGUAGGGGUAUUUUCGAGCCUCAACCGACCCGGGAGCUGAUAGAACAUAGAACUGCUACAUAUAGGAUAUUUUCCACGUAUGCGAUCGAUCUAUUUAUGACGUCCGAGUCGGAUGUGGUUGACUCACGAUCUCACUCAGCACACCACGGCAUAUGGCGUUGUAAAGUAUACGAGUCUGCUCGGCAGCUCCAAGUACGUGCUGUAUUUAAAUGAGUGCAGGUGCUUUCUACCAUGGCAAUAAAGUAUAGUCCAACGCAUCCCCUUCCCAAGACCUACAUCAUCUACCAUGUCUGCGAGCAUCAAAAAAGUUUCAUAUGUUCGCCUCGGAACCUCGGGAUUAAAGGUUUCAAGAGUCAUUUUAGGAUGCAUGCAAUACGGCUCCUCCGAAUGGCAAGAGUGGGUAAUCAGUGACGAGCAGGAAGCAUUCAAGCAGAUCAAGUUUGCAUACGACCAUGGCAUCCAGACCUUCGACACUGCUAACACAUACUCGAAUGGCUUGUCAGAGAUCAUCUUAGGCAAAGCCAUCAAGGAGCUGAAAUUGCCGCGAGACGAGAUUGUUAUUAUGACUAAGGUCUUUGCACCAGUCGCUAAAUCCUACGGGGAGAACUUCUACAAGUCUGGCGUUAAGCCCGAUGAUGUAGGCCUCGUCAACCAAUAUGGACUUAGUCGUAAGCAUAUCUUCGAAUCAGUAAAGCAUAGCUUGGAGCGUCUCCAGCUUGAAUACAUCGACGUUCUUCAGUGCCACCGUUUCGAUUAUGACACCCCGAUCGAGGAGACAAUGCAGGCCCUUCACGACGUAGUCAAGGCGGGGUAUGUUCGUUACAUCGGCAUGAGUUCUUGUUUCGCCUAUCAGUUCCAUGCCAUGCAGAACUAUGCCAUCAAGAAUAACUUGACGCCUUUCAUCUCGAUGCAGAACCAUUACAACCUGGCUUACCGUGAGGAGGAACGCGAGAUGUUUCCGACCCUAAAGAUGUUUGGCGUAGGCGCAAUCCCAUGGUCACCUCUUGCUCGUGGCUAUGUCACUCGUCCUCUCAGCCAGUCAACCAAGCGAGGCGAAACUGAUCAAUGGUACAAAUACUACUCGACGACACCCGGAGGACCCGAGAUCGUGAAGAGAGUUGAAGAGCUAUCGCAGAAGAAAGGUGUUAGUAUGGCUCAGAUUUCCCUUGCUUGGAUGUUGUCGAAAGAAGGUGUAAGCGCUCCCAUUAUCGGCACAACCAGCCUUCAGAACAUGGAGGAUCUCAUCAAUGGUCUGGAUGUGAAGUUGACUGAGGAAGAGGUCAAGCAUCUUGAAGAGCCUUACAAGCCGCUCGCGGUUUUCGGUCAUGUCUAAAUCUGCACACAUGUAUUCAUUAACACCGAGUUGUAGUCCAUCCCUCGCUCAACUCUGGCCACCCCAAUCGUUUACAAAUCAAACUACUGAUUAUUGUAUUGUUCGGCUACAAUGCUAAGCCUACCACGAAUCCAUUAAAACAUGAAGAAAUCCUCCGACAGUUAACAACAUAUCAGACACUUAUUCAAGGGUUCCCUCCAAUGUCUCUCGUCACCACAGUCCGGAUAUGCUUCACAUUAGCUGUAGUAUUCUCACCCGCAGCAUCGUCGUCAUCCUUAGGAGGUCGGCAUUCAUGAACAGUCUUCACUACCGUCGGCAAUCCACCUAAACGUCCAUAGAACUCUCGACUAGAGUGGAUGAAAAUGUGUCCUCGGUGGGUGUCGUCGGAACAUUUUCUCGAUUGAUAGUCAGGGUCGAAGUCGGACAUAGUGAAGUUGCUGUUCCCGAGGAAGACCCACAUCAAUGUGUGAGGUAAGAAGUUGUCGAGAUGUACUUCAACGAGAGAAGGCAUAGCCUGGAUAACAAAAUGUCAGAAGUGCGCGCUGUACCC